CGCUCCUGCUCUAAAGUCAUUAAAAUCGGGCGAUCCCAUGCGGAUCGAUGAGGAAAAUGAAUGUUAUUGACCAUCUCCAUAAAGAACAGCACGGCGUCAGCUUUCCCUGGCGCACCCCCUUCCCCAUCUCCUCCCAGUCCCGCCCUGCCCGUCCGAGCAUCCUCCUCCUCCUCCCCAUCCUUCCUCUUCCUCCUCUUCCUCACACACGGAUGUCCUCCGCUCGGAUGCGCGCACGGUAGCACCCGAAAACAUCAUCAUUUCCUCCUGAUUUUUGUUUCUCGGUUCAACUACGUGCGACUCGCUGCUGUUGUGUUGACAACAAAAACGCCAGAAUCCCCCCCCCCCCCCCAAAAAAAAGGUGCGCCCCUUGUGGUGUCUUUCCCUUUUUUUUCUUUUCUUUUCUUUUUUUUUUAAAAUCCUCAUGGACGUCAAUAUGAUGCCCGCGUCGUCUUCCGCCUGGCCCGGAGAGGAGCGACCGUCUCUGCUGGACCAGGAGGAGCCCGAGCUGAGCCAAGUGUCGGUGGCCCCGCCGUGCCCGUCCCUGGGAGCGGGCGAGCGGCUCCUGUGCGGCGGCAGCCCGGCCGGCGCCGGACCCCGACGCAGCGAGUCCAAAGGCGAGCUGGUCAUCGUCAUCAACGAGAAGCUUAAGAGCAGUAACGGGGUCCUCGCGGGGGACGGCGCCUCGCCCGUGGUGUCGUCGCCUCCCCGACGUCAGCGCUCCAUCUCGUACCCGCACCACGCCAAGACCAGGAAGGGCAGCCGGGCGGGCUCCAUCGGCUACACGGCCUUCUCGCCCAGGCCCUCGCUGUCCCGCCACUCCAGCAUCGCCACCGAUGCCCCCUUGGACCGCACCAAGGUGAAGGACUACCUCCUGCUCUCCGUGCUGGCCUGCUUCUGCCCCGUGUGGCCCAUCAACAUCGUGGGAUUUGUCUACUCCAUCAUGUCCAAGAACAGCCUGGAGCAGGGCAACCUGGACGGCGCCGUGCGUCUGGGCCGCGUGGCCAAGAUGCUGUCGCUGGUGUCGCUCGUGGGCGGGACGCUCAUUAUCAUCGCCUGCAUUGUCAACCUGGCCAUCAAUGUGAGAACCUGAGUUUGGUCCCGGGAUCAAACGGGAUAAGGCAGCCGCAUCCCGACCGGCCCGCACCUGCACCGCCCGCCUGUCUUUUACCACCUCCUUUUUACCCGGAUGUGCGAGCAAAACCAAACGCAGCCACUUAAGUUUCUAGCCCUCUCUUUUUGCUCACUGAAGACAAUAUGCAAAAAUGCUGCCGAGUCACAAGGGAGGCGGGAGGGGAUGGGAACAAGGGAGGAGAACGGCCAUCGAGUUUCUUGCUGAACGACGAUGGAGGCAAACCGAUUGAUCCCUGAAGCCGCAGCGGAUUGGACGUCCUCGCCGCAGCGUGUCGAAUCCCCUCGGAUCCGAGCGGAGACUCCACCGCACGUACACAAUCCCGCUCCCCAGAGGAGAAGCAGUCUCCGUCGCCUUGUUUUUCAGACUGCGCCUCAACAUCCUCGCCGGGAUGAAACGGAGGCUUACCGAGACGAGAAACACAAAGCAAAACAAACAAACAAACAAACAACGCGAAGGGAUUACGCAAGUCUUGUACACAAAGCAAAGGGAACAUAUGUGCCAAAAAAAGAAACAAGUUUCAAGUCUCAAUUGUUGUUGCCAAAACAAUCCAGAUUCUUCGGAAUGCUGCCGUCUUUCAAGCACUGUGAGUGGAAAAUGUAGCAACGGCCAAAACAUUAGGUACACCUGCACCAGCUUAAGGCCCAUGUACUAGUACGCUCUUUGUCCUCACUAGCAAGACCAUUCAGCAAACUAGUAGAGCGCCAAUGUCUUACUUGUGUCACUAUUGUAUAACAUUUGUCUUUGUCUUCACAAGUAGGACAACUUUGACACAAUACUAGGACAGCUACACGUUACUAGUGAGGCAAAACUGUGCACGAGUGGACAUCUGGGCUCUUCUAGCACUACUAGUGCAGAACUAGACGUUAACUAGUUGAAUUUUAUUAUGUCACUAGUAGUAUGUGACUGUCCUACUAGUAUACCAAAGUUGUUCUACUAGAGAGGGCAAAGAGCAUACUAGUAUAUGAACCCUUUUUGAAAAGCCGUUUGAGCAUUCUUUGGAAAAACAUGACUAGUGAGACAGUCAUUCCACUAGUGCGCCCUUGUUGUUCUGCUAGUACGCAAAAUGUUCUUACUUGUCAAUCAAACGUGAGAAUUAUUGUACUGCAUUUUGGGUCGGUCUUAUCUUAUUGGCUGUCACGAGUUGAUGCGAGUCGGAGAUUGAGAGGCAUUCAUCCAGCUGACUGCGUGUCGGUGGCCAUCCGGCUAAAUUGGUCUCAAUCCAAUUAUCAGAUUGAUUUAUAGAUGAGCAGCAUUCUCACAAAGAUCUUUUAAUGACAAUUCCAUUGUCCCAAGAUGGCGCCAAAGCAAUGUUUUUAUGUUAGACAUAGCUUUUUUCCUGCGCACAAAAACAGCGAAUAGGUGAGUUUUCUGCAAAAAACGGACAAAUGCAGAACCGCAAAUAUCGCAGUGGUUAGCUGUAUUUCCUUGAAAUAUGAAUCAACAUUUUUUAGAAGGCCAGAAUUUCCAUUUUAAAAAUCAUUUGGAUUGGUCUUUAUGUAAUAUUCUUUUUUUUUAGGUGAUUUAUUUUUUUGUUUUAUGUUAUCUGUUAGCUAUAAUUAUCACAAUGAUAAGAAAAAAAAUCUGAAUACUGAAUAUUAAAUAUAACAGUCUACUGUGAAUGCAAGUUUCCCUUUUUUUUUUUUUAUUUUUAAAUUGGACGACUGAAUUAAAAUUUGAUAAAGUUUUCCAUGAUAUUCUCAUUUAUUGAGAUGCAUCUCUGUAUAGCUGUGCAUAAAGCUUUGGGGGAAAAAAUAAGUGUCAAUUUUUCCUUUCCUGCAUAUGAAAAUGACAAAACAGUAUUUUGUAUUUGGAAUUUGGGACUUUUUUUGUUUUUACGCCAACAUACUGCAUGUAGUACCUGUAAACAGCAAAAUCUGAGAAAUGUUUUCCCCCCCGGAGCUUUAUGUCUCGAUAUAGAUAUGUAUUUGAAAAGAAGAAUGACUCUCUUGUGAGGCGUGCACUCACUAUGCUGUGCGGUUCUCAAAUGAGUUUUCUGAAGUGCUCCUGUGUACCCUUUGCCUGUGAUUCUCACUGUGAUGCAAACCAACUGGCUUCUUACCCACUGUGCACAAACGCCGCCUGGUAACAUGGUACCACCCAACCCUCCAAUGUAUAUUUGAACUAGUAAUCAUGAGAUGUAGACGUGUAUUCCGCUCAUAUAAUCCUCAAUAUAGUGAUAUUAGUCCAAUAGUUGAUCAGGUGCAGUCGCCCCGGCCGUCCUAUUAGCGCCAGGCUACUGUUUUUCUGUUCUGAUUCUCUUUGUGGUGACUGGCUUGACGUGGGGUUUUUGAUUCAUGUGUGGCCCACGAGUCGGCACUUUGGAAUAUUAUACUUCUGCGGUACAUUUAUAAUAAAGACACAAUGCAUGCAGCAGGUGGGGGUUUUGUUCUUUUUCUGCAAUUAAAUCACCUCUCACAACCUU